AUGGCCGGUGCCAAGCUUCCCCAGAUUACGCAAGCCCCCUCGACAAACCCCGCCGCCGAGCGCAUCCGCGAGAACCAGCGCCGCUCCCGCGCGCGCCGCAAGGACUUCGUCGACUCCAUGCAGCGCCGCCUCGAUGAGUACGAGAAGCAGGGCGUCGAGGCCACGCUCCAGAUGCAGCAGGCCGCCCGCACCGUCGCCAUUGAGAACUCGCGUCUGCGGCUGCUGCUCGCCCGCCGCGGCGUCACUGAUCGCGAGGUGGACAAGUUUCUCGCCAUGUUUGAGACGGGCAUUGCCCGCGACGACGAGAUCCUGCACAAUGGGAGCGGGCUGCAGGCUCUUCCUCCGCCUGCCCCGGCGGCCUACGCGCCGUCGACUGCAUCACCAACAACGGCGAUGAGCACAUAUCAACAACCGAGGCAGUACCACAGCGACGGCCAGUACCAUAGCGACAGUGGCAUUGACCGCUUAGCUGUCCUAGCAGACGCCAGCAUCGGUGACCAGUGCUGCGGCGGCAGCGGCUCGACGGCCAGCGAGUCGACCGUUGCCGCGCAGAGCCCACCCAGCACCGGACCGAGCACCAUGCCCGGCACGCCUGUCUCGGGGCCGCACAGCCAGUACUACACCCAUCACAGCCAUCACCACUCCUACGCUACGCCCCAAUCACAGACCACAUCUGCCUCGCCGCUCGUCAUGUCCUGCAACACGGCCGCGCAAAUCAUUGCCGAGAUGCAAGGGGGGGCGCCGGUCAACCGACACGCCGUCAAGGCUAGUCUGGGGUGCGAGGAUGCGGAAUGUGAAUGCUUUGUCAAGAAUACGCUGCUGUUUCAAAUAAUGGAAAAGAGUGCGUAA